AAAAUGACUAACUUCAUACAUGUUAAUAAGUGUCUAUGGAUGGUUUUGAUUAGAAUUGAAAAUUUAUAUAAGUAAAGAAUGAUCAAAUAAGUGAACAAUUUAUAUCAAAUGUUGAAUAAUAACAUGAAAUAAAAGAAUAAGAGAAAUAUCAAAUGUUUAAUUACAUGUAUUUGAAACUAUUAAUUUUAUAUAGGUUAAAUAAUUAGCAGAAAAGAAAUAAACGAUGUAUAAUAAGAAAUUUAAUGUAAGGAACCGUAACUAUUUAUUCGUAAUAUUGGGACUCGCAAUGCAUUUGAUAAUACUAUGGGGUAUACUUGAUAUAAAUUUUCAUUCUCCUAUUAUACAAGACUUGCCAAAUGUACCAAUUUUGAAUAAUGCACCAGCAAAAAGAUUGGUUUUAUUUAUAGCAGAUGGUUUAAGGUUUAGAACCUUUAUUGAAGCACCACCAAAAUUUCUCAAGCAAAUAAUGAUAAAUAAAGGUGCUUGGGGUAUAUCUCAUACAAGAAUGCCAACAGAAUCUAGGCCAGGUGUUGUUGCAAUUUGUGCAGGAUUAUAUGAAGAUCCUAGUGCAAUUUUUAAAGGAUGGAAAGAAAAUCCUGUUGAUUUUGAUUCUGUCUUUAAUCAGAGUUACUUUACAUGGGCAUGGGGAAGUCCUGACAUUAUACCUAUGUUUACAAAAGGUGCAAAAAAUAACAUCCAUGGAGAUAGUUAUUCUCCAGAAUGGCAAGAUUUUGAUAGAAUGCAAGGUCAAAUUUGGCGUUUAGAUUCAUGGGUAUUUGACAAAUAUAUCAAUUGGCUUCAGGAAGAAGCUCACAGAAAUAAAAAUGCAAAACGAAUUAUUCUUUUCCUUCACCUUCUUGGUUGUGAUACUACAGGACAUACAUCGAAACCUUAUUCUAGAGAAUAUGUUGAUAACAUGAAUUAUGUUGAUCGAAAAAUAGAAGAGGUGGUACAUAUGACAGAAGAUAUUUUUGGAGAUAAUAGUACUGCAUACGUUUUCACAGCAGAUCAUGGAAUGACUGAUUGGGGAUCACAUGGAAGUGGUUCUACAGAUGAAACAGAAACUCCAUUGAUUGUUUGGGGUGCAGGGAUUAAUGCAUUUAAUUCUAGUCAAAAUGUAGAGCAAGUAGAUAUUACCCCAUUAAUAUCAUCUUUAAUUGGUGCUCCUAUACCAAUUAAUAAUGAAGGUGUUUUACCAUGGCAAUACUUAGAUACUGCUAAUCAGAACUAUAUAAAUCGUGUUUUAUUAAAUAAUUUGAAGCAAUUAACAUAUCAAGUAAAAGCAAAUCGUAUGUUGAACUGUGAGGAUAAUGAAUUUGCAGAUUGGAGAGAGGUAGAAUUAGAUAAUAAAAUUUUGAUGCUAGAUAAAUAUCUUGAGGUAAAAGAUUCAAAUGAGACAUUAAAAGAUAUAGUAGCUACAAUUAAAUUAGCCAAAAAGGCUUUAGUAUAUUUUCGACAAUACCAAAGAAUACGAUUUUUAGCAUAUUUAUCAGUAAUGUGGUUUGGCUGGAUAACAUUACUAUUUUUAAAAAUAGCCGGAACUAAACGAACUGUUAUUAAUUCCUCUAAUUUAUUAAUAACAGAUAUUGUAUUUGUAAUAUUACUAUUUACAAUACUUAUCAUGCACAAAGGUUGUAAUAAUUGGAGGCUACCUUGCUAUGCAUUGUUAGCUAUAAUUUCUGUUUGGAUAGCUAUCCGGAAUGCGAUUACGCGUUCGAUACAAUUAAAGAUACAUAAUAAUAAACAUCAUUGGUUAAUGGGCAUAGAAAUAGUUGUUUUAUUAGCAACAAUGUUCAUUGGAUUAAUGUAUAGAUCAUUUCUCAGUAUAGGAAUUUUAUGCAUUGGCUUUUCUCAGAAAAUAUUGCUAAAAGACAUGAAGAAUUCUUUUUUUUGGACUGCUUUAUGCCUGGCUGUUUUUCCAUUACUACCUGUAGUUGAACCGUACCCUCGAGUUUAUAUUGUACUUCUCAGCAUAUGUGUUGAGACUAUAAUAGUUAUUGUAAAAGUCUAUUCAAAGAGUAAGAAAACAGCAGAAAUUUUGCGGCUAGCAAUUAUAGGGCUAAUAUAUUUAGAAUUUAUAGAUGGUCGAAAUUGGAUUUCAUGGGCAAUUUUAUUAACUACACCGUUAUAUAUUUGUACCUACCCUACACAAUUAAAGGAAAGAAUGCAAGGAAUUAUGUUGAGCCUCUUUUGCCCACUUGUUUUAUUAUCAGCAUCUUAUGAACCUUUCUUUUUCAUAAUUCUUGCAUUGCAUUUAUCUUGUUGGAUAUCUGACGUUAAAAAAGAUGAGAAAAGUGAAGAUCUCUUGACAAUAGAAGAAUUACUCAAAGCAGCAAUCUUUAUGUUAUAUACAUUGUUGUGUUUUUUUGGAACUGGUAACAUGGCAAGUAUCAGUUCAUUUGAUCCUUCUUGGACGCGGCAUUUUGUGACGGUUUUUUCACCAUUUAUAAUGUUUUCGUUGAUACUAUUAAAAAUUUGUAUACCUUUAAUCUUGGUGGGAUGCACAAGUUACACCUUUGGAUCUUCGAAUAGUUUUCUAGCGGUAGUAUUACUAGGAGACUGUUUAACGCUACCACUUAUUUAUUGUGUUACUCCUCAAGGGAGUUGGUUAGAUAUUGGUAGUGCAAUAAGUAGAUUCACUAUUACAAUUUCUCUUCCAUGUCUUUUAUUGUUAUUAUACUGUUUAUCAUACCCUCUUAUAACUUAUUAUCCAAAUAAAUUGAAAUUUCAUAUUAGCUUAAAAAAGCAGCAUAUUGUAUGAACAAUGUAUAUAGUUUUUCUUGAUAUGGUAAAGUUUAUAUACAUUUGUUAUUAUCAAAAAUUAAUAUGCUUACAGUAGGUUGGAUUUUAAAUCUUCGUAUAUCAGGGUAUGGAACAAAAUGUAAAAUUGUGUCAUAAUGUGAUAGCUGAACAUUAAUGAUUCGCUAUCCACUAAUUCUUAGAUCUAUAGUAUUAAUUCAUUAGUAUUUCUACAAUUUCAAAAUAAAAAUAUCGUUCUUACGGUGUGUCAACUUAUUAAAUUUAAAAUUUGAAUUCCUUAUAUUUUUUAGAUGCUUUCGAAUCUUGACUCUGUUGACGCUUGCGUUUACUCUGAAAAAGUAAAUAAGAUUUAUUAAUUAAUAAUGUUAUAUGUAUGUACACAAUAUGCUUACUUUUUGUCGUUGUACAUGAUCCUGAAGCAUAUCCGACAAAUCUUCCCUUCUCAAAUGUGCUUGCCGCGACCUCAUAGUUUCUUCGUAUCGCGAUGCCAUUGCUUCGGAAUCUAAGUCUAAUUCGCUUGGAUCUAAUGCUAACUCAACAGCUCCAUCUUUUUCUGUUCUUCCAUCAGAUGCUGUUCCACUUACUCCACGACGAGCAGCGAUUACAGACGGCGGUGCUUGACCUCCUGCUGCACCUGUCAUAUCGUAUACAUGAGUGCUACCCAUCAUGCUUGCCCCAAGACCUUCUGUUCUUCUUUCUUGUAAAACUGUGUACAAAGCAGGUGUGUCUCCUCCUUCCAUUUCACUUUCAAUUUUCUUCUUUCUCAAUUCUAUUGUUUCUGGAGUUUCCAGCCCAGCAGGAAUCGAUGUAAUUCCACUUGGUGUUAUCAGACCUUCAGCGCCAGGUGUAACCAGACCACUUGCAUCUCCAUCUCCAUCCUUUCCUUCUCCUUCACCUUCUCCACCUUCUUCAGCAUCCUCAUCUUCAUCUUCGUCUCCAGAAGAUUCUGAUUCAGGUUCACCCCACAUCCCUCUAUCAAUUUCUUCAUCCAUAUUAUCCCCACCUGGAGUACGUGAAAUACCAAAUACAUCUCCAUAUAAAGGUCUUCCUGUUUCAUCCACAGGAGGUUUUCCCCAACCACCAGCAUGAUAACCAAACGCACACCCCUCUGGAAUUGGGGCAUUCAAACCAGGUAUUUUCAAAUUGGGAUAACUUGGUGGUGGUCCAUAGCGUUGCAUAGCAAUUAACCAUGGUGGCGGUACUUUAUGGCAAUUUGGACCUACAGGCAUGCCAAGAGCGGUGCGUAACUCAUCAGAUAAUUCUCCAGGUUUCUUUUCCUUUAAUCGCGUUUCAAAUUCUUUACCUUCGUAGUAUAAAUCACCGUGAAUAGUCAUACGAGGUUUAGUUUGCCAUUUGAAAAACGCGUCGUGUAGUUUCUGAUAAUCUAUAUCUAUUUUACCGAGUUUCGGCCUUGCCCUUUCCCGCAUUUUAGCUUUCAAUGUACGCGUGUCAUCUCGUUCCUGAAGACUUGCUCUCAUUUCUGUGAUGCCUGUACGUUUUAUAAAAUCUGGCAAGUCAAAAGGCGGUUUUUCUAUACCACGUUUACCUUGUAGAUACUUUCUUUUAAAACACCAAUGCCUUGGUACAGGUACUGUAUUUCGGUGGGCUUUUAAUUGUACAAGGAGUUUUGGAUCUCUAGCAGUAACAUCAUGCAUUUCCACAACAUCAGGACGUCCUACAAGCUGUUUUAAUUCGGCAACGCUCAAACGCGUUAACCUUUUCAGUUUUCUUUUGGAAAGACGAGGAGCACCAUUUUCUCCAGUUCCCUGUUGUUGCUGUUGCUGAUUUGCAUCAUCAUCAAAAUCAUCUAACGGUGGAACUUUGCUAGGUACUGUUCCAGUUGUUUGUAAACUAGUUAUAGGUGGAUAUUGACCUAUCGGUUCACCUUUAUCAGCUUCAGCAGGUUUAGGUUCAGGUUCAGUUAAUUUAAAUGCUUCGAAAAUUCGAGCGAAUUGACGAUACAUUGGCUCUAAAUCAUUAACACUUGGAAUUUCUUGAAUAUAUUCAAUUUCAGGCUCAAGUAUAACAUCAUCUAAAUGAGAAACAUCUUCCCCUACAUUUUCAUGAUUGGGUGACUUUCCUAAUGAAACUAUGUCAUUAGGAUCUGCUCCUACUUCUUUAGCUCUUUCUGUUUUAAAAGCAAGAGCUUGUUCCAAAGCUGCUGGUAAUUUCAUUGAAUCACUGUCUCCAUCUCUUCCUAUAUCAUCCGAUGACGUUUGACUUUGUAAUUCACUUGGAGGACUCACUUUUAAGCUUAGUAAACUAGGUAAUGAUUUAGGGGGAUCUAUUCCUGGCACUCCAUGAUUACUAUUCGCAGGCAUAUUCAUCAGAGAUGACAUCUGAUGAGCUAUUUGUUGAUUCUGUAUUUAAAUUUAUUAUAUUAAAAUUAAUAAGAAAAAUACAGGGUAAAAUAAAAUAUAA